UAUAUUCGGACUAUUCAGACUACAAUCAGACAUAAAGGAGAUCACUCGAAAAAUUGUAUUUGUUUUGAAGUUUAAGCUUCUACCAAAUCUCAUAAUUAUGGGCAUACUAUAUCACAUAGCUCCCUUAUUAGAAAAAGCGGCCCAAAAUUUAGUUCCCUUACCAAAGGGUUAUUAAUUAAUUUUAGAAUAUCAAAAAUAUGCUCUAAAAAUCCGGUUCGACAUCUAGGUACUCCUUGAUUGUGCUGCGUUCUGUAGACACUUCAUUCUACUAUUAAAGUACACAUUUUAUGAAGUGCACGUCUCGCGCUUAUUUCUCUUCACUCCCGUAAAUAUAUAUAACUGCUUGUCGCAGCUGUUUUCCGAACUUAUUCAAUCUACGUCAGUGUCAACAAUAAUUUGAUAUGAAAUAUAUUUUUUCUACAACAUACGAUGAGAUACAGUGAGAUUUGCAAAUUACUACAGCUGCUGGUUACAUUGGCAUUGGUUCUUAGCGGCAAAGAGGAGUCAAGAGUGAGUCGAGUGAAGCGUCUGGCUACACCCAAUUACGAUCAGGAAGUGUACGAAAGCAUGGCCAAAUAUGUCGUAUCGAUUAGGUCGCGAUCGCCGAAAAGAUACUUUGGCGACAAUCAUUUCUGUGGCGGCUGCAUAAUAUCCCCCCGAUUUGUGAUAUCAGCCGCAAUAUGUGUCAUGGAGUAGAAGCGAUCAUAAGAUAUUGCUUCGAAGUCGGGUGCUGAUGGUUGUUGCUGGAACACCGAACCGUCUGAAGAUUGUCACCGGUCAGACUCUGAAUGUUCCGGUUGCGGAUAUAUAUGUCCCAGGCAACUAUACCGUGUACAAUACAAACAAUAUUGCGAUUAUGAAGCUGGCCUAUGACCUUCCCUCCGAGAGCAAGCACAUUGGCAUUAUCAAUCUGCCCACCCAACCACCCGAUACUGAUCUUAUUUAUAGGGUCCUGGGCUGGGGGCGUGUUUUUAAAGGCGGUCCUCUGGCGUCCAGGUUAUUGUAUAUCGAUGUCACGUUACAGAAAAGAAAUGUUUGUGAGUCUAUGAUCAAAAAUUUCAAGCCGGAAAUGUUGUGCGCCGGCAAUAUGAAUUCUUCAAACGAUGCAAAUCCCUGCCUGGGCGAUUCCGGCGAUCCGCUAUUAUUGAAUUUAACAGUUUAUGGCAUCGCCUCAUAUGGCCUCGGCUGCGGUUACGGCAGUAUGCCAUCGGUCUACACGGACGUGUGGUACCACAUGGACUGGAUCAACUCAGUCAUGAAUCGAAAUUUCAGCCCAAAAUAUCAGUUGCUGCCCCAUUAUAUGUUCCUCUUGUCAAUUAUCGUGAUAUUUCCAUUUUAAGCGAAGCUGCUUUCUCAGAAUGUACUCCAUAUGUUGCCAGAUUGAUAUAUGGAAUGCAUAAUAAAGCAUUCAAUAUGUUGACUUGUAAA